AUGGAGGAAGCGAAGAAGGCCGUCGAGUCCAUCACCGAGGGCGUCAAGAAGGUCGUUGUCGGUGCCGGUGCCGGUGCCACCCCGAAUAACAACAAGGACAACAAGCCCAAGAAGGAGAAGAAGGCCAAGGGCGGUGACGAUGCCGCCUCGGCUGGACCCCUCGAGCUCAAGCCCGCCCCCGAUUUCCUGCAGUCCCGUAUUGAGCUGUUCGACCGCCUGAAGAAGCGACAAGAUGAGGAGAUCGCCGCCAAGGAGCGCAAGCCCAUCGAGAUCACCAUGCCCGACGGCACCAUCAAGGCCGGCACCAGCUGGGAGACCACGCCCGGCGAGAUUGCCAAGGGCAUCUCCAACAGCCUGUACAAGCGCACCGUCGUCGCCAGGCUGAACAAGGACCCCAACCAGCUGUGGGACCUCGACAGGCCGCUCGAGGCCAGCUGCAAGCUCGAGCUCCUCAACUUUGACGACGAGCAGGGCAAGCAGGUCUUCUGGCACAGCUCGGCGCAUAUUCUCGGCGAGGCCUGCGAGAGGCGGUUCGGUUGCUCCCUCUGCAUCGGCCCCCCCGUCGACAACGGUUUCUACUACGAGAUGGCCCUCCCCGGUGGUGCGUCCGUCCAGGCCAGCGACUGGAAGCCCCUCGAGUCCAUCGUCGGCUCCAUCGUCAAGGAGAAGCAGAAGUUUGAGAGGCUGGAGAUGACCAAGGAUGAGCUGCUCGAGAUGUUCAGCUACAACAAGUACAAGCAGCACAUCAUCAAGGACAAGAUUGCCGACGGCACAAAGACGACCGUCUACCGCAACGGCCCCCUGAUCGAUCUGUGCCGUGGCCCCCACGUGCCCAGCACCGAGCGCAUCGAGGCUUUCAGCAUCAUGAAGAACAGUGCCUCCUACUUCCUCGGUUCCCAGGAGAACGACUCUCUCCAGCGUGUGUACGGUGUCAGUUUCCCCAGCAAGAAGGAGCUUGCUGCCCACAAGAAGUGGCUCGAGGAGGCGGCGGCGAGAGACCACCGCAAGCUCGGAGAGCAGCAGCAGCUCUUCUUCUUCCACGAGCUCUCGCCCGGCAGCGCCAUGUGGCUGCCUCAUGGUGCUCGCAUCUACAACACCCUCAUGGCCUACAUCAAGGAGCAAUACUUCAAGCGCGACUACCACGAGGUCAUCACGCCAAACAUGUACAACUCUGAUCUCUGGAAAGUCAGCGGCCAUUGGGCGCAUUACAAGGACGACAUGUUCGUCAUGGACGUCGACAAGGAGCAGUUUGCGCUGAAGCCCAUGAACUGCCCCGGUCACUGCCUGAUGUUCGGCCACGCCCCCAAGGCGUACCACCAGCUGCCCUGGAGGGUCGCCGACUUUGGCGUCCUUCACCGAAACGAGGCCAGCGGUGCCCUGUCUGGUCUCACGCGCGUGCGCCGUUUCCAGCAGGACGACGCCCACAUCUUCUGCAGAGAAGACCAGAUUGGCCAGGAGAUCACCAACCUGUUUGACUUCCUGAGGUCCAUGUACUCUCUUCUCGGCUUCACCUACAAGCUCCGUCUCUCCACGCGCCCCGACAAGUUCAUGGGUGAGCGCGCCACGUGGGACAGGGCAGAGGACAUGCUGAAGGUCGCCCUUGACGAGUUUGCCGCCACCGAGGGUGGCGUCGCUUGGGAGCUCAACGAGGGUGACGGCGCUUUCUACGGACCCAAGAUCGACAUCAAGAUUCUGGACUGCCUGAACCGCGAGUGGCAGUGCGCCACCAUCCAGCUGGAUUUCCAGCUGCCCAUUAACUUUGGCCUCGAGUACGUCACGGCCGAUUCCGCCGCCAAGACAAAGGAGGACGCUGCGAUAAAGGGCCCCGAAGUCAAGGCCAAGGAGCCUGAGGCUGUUGUCGAGUCUGCCGCCGCCGCCGCCGCUCCUGCCGCCGCCGACGGCAAGGAGCCUGCGAAAAAGCAGCUGCGCAUGUCCAAGCCUCUGACGUGGAAGCGCCCGCCCCGUAUCCUGAUUGAGCACUUUGGCGGCAAGUGGCCCAUGUGGCUCAGCCCUCGCCAGAUCCAGAUCAUCCCCGUCGGCCGCGGCUUCUUCGAGUACGCCGAGGAGGUGCAGAAGAUCUUCAAGGACGCCGGCUUCUGGGUCGACGUCGACCUGUCCGGCGAGACGCUGCAGAAGAAGGUCCGCCGCGCGCAGCUGGCCCAGUACAACUUUGUCUUCAUCGUCGGUGACGAGGAGAUGAAGGGCCGCCAGGUCAACGUGCGCUACCGCGACGACACGUCGAGCCAGGACCGCGGCAAGCCCGUCGACGUCAACGAGGCCAUCACCAAGCUCAAGGAGCUGCGCGACUCGCGCCUCGUCUACAACCCCUGGCCGUCGGCGAAGCCUGCCGCGCCGGAGGCGAAGAAGGCCUGA